AUGGCCUUCCAUGUUCUACUUCUUCUCGAUGAUGGCGGCUGGCGUGGACAUGCAGGCUGCCACCUCGUCGACAUCCACGCAACCGGCUUCUUUCUCUACGUGCAUGGCACGGCUAAGCGCGCAUGGACGGCGGAUGGCGCGGUCGCAGGCACUGAAGGUGGCGAUGCCCGUGCCGGGAUGGAGCAACUUGCCACUCCUCCGCAAGCUGGCUUCGAGCGGAUUCGCCGGUUCUCCCAGUUUAGUCAAAGAUUUCAGCAGACGGCCAUAGCUUUGACCAUCCCCUUCUUCCUUCAACAUUUGACGGCCGGCAAGCUCUUGUCCUCAGUGCAGCCAAGGCAGGCGGCCAUGGACGGCGACAGCCCGGUGAUGACGGACAGCGAGCGGAGGGCGUACCGGUACGUGCAGGCGCCCAAGGUGCAGGGCCUGGGCGGCAUCAAGAACUCAUGGUCCAACGACUCCCUCUUCAGCCUCAGCUACGCCGGCGCGGGGGGCAGGGCCGUCGUCCACUCGUGCGUCUGCGCGCCCACCACGCACCCGGGCUCCUUCCGCUGCAAGCACCACCGCCAGAGCGCCGCCCACCUCGGCGUCGCCGGUCACGCGCAAGCGCAGCCCACGGCUGAGGCUAAGCGCAACGAGGUCCACGGAGAAAUGUCGACCGCGGAUGACGAGAAGGCGUCCUGA